GGAGAGGAGGCGUUCUACCUGCCCCGCGGCGCCGUCAACACGCUCCACGUCAGCAGCACCAACACGGUGCGGCAGGUCAUCGAGGCGCUGCUCAACAAGUUCACCGUGGCCGACAACCCCGCCAAGUUCGCCCUCUACAAGCGCUGCAAGAGGGAGGAGCAAGUGUACAUCUGUAAGCUAUCAGAGGAUGAGCAGCCAUUGUUCCUGCGGUUGCUGGCGGGCCCCAACACAGACACCCUGGGCUUCGUGCUGCGAGAGCAGCAGACCGGAGAGGUCAUGUGGGACGCCUUCUCCAUCCCUGAGCUGCACAACUUCCUGCGUAUCCUGGACAAGGAGGAGCAGGACCAUUUGCGGGUCAUCACGCACCGCUACGACACCUACAAGCAGAAACUGGAAGAGGCCCUGAAGGCCGCGGGGCCGGGCUAAUUAGCCCCCCCGCCCCCCGCCACAACAGAGACAGAGAGAGGGAUGGGGAGAGAAGGAGGAAUAAGAAAAGAGACUGAUAAAUUGAGAGAGAAAUAGAGUGAGAGAGAGAGAGACUGAUGUUAGAAGAAGAGAUGUUUUAGAGAUGUUGGGUCAUGGAGUGUGACACACAAAUGGAUCAGAACGUGUGUCUGACUGUCUGUGUGUGUUUUCUGAAGUCGUUUCUCUCGCAUGGAUUGGACCGAUGAAUUCAGGGUCGUCGUGGAGACUCACUGCGGGCCUCAUCGUCACUCGGAACUCCAAUGCACCAUGGGAACUUGAAGAGGUCUCCUAGGAGACAUGGCAUGCUUUCCCAGAAUGCACCAGUGGUGCCAUAUUCACUUGUUUCUUCUCUCACACUGUUCCGGCUCUUCUCUGCCUGUCACUCUCUCCAGUAUUUUAUUAUUUUUUAUGUUUUUGUUUUUUGUUUUCUUUAUUUUUUUCAGUUACCUCUUAAAACUUGUGAAUGAGAAUAAGACUUUCUGUCUUCUUUUUUUUAUUAUUUAAUUGGUGGAUGCUAUCAGAUUGUAAAUAUUUUUGUUCCUUAUUUUAAUUUAUGUGGGUGAAGCUUAUAGUCUUUAUUUUUGUUUUUUCAUUUUUGAAAAGUCUUAUUUUACACUUUAAAACAGGCCUAGCAACAAACCAACAGAGGUGAACAGAACCGGAAUAUGAGGUAGUUGAAGGGAGGGGAGAGGGUCUGCGUAGAUGUCCCCUACAGGUGUGGCGGUCCCUCUGCCUGACUGGCUCACCUGCACAGGUGGAGGGGAACACUGCCCUCUAGAGGUGCCUCAUCGACACGUCACACAGAUCAUCAUAGUCCACUCCCUCUCCCGCCGACACAUAUACAUAUACAUACACACACACAUCAACUAUCUAUCACACACACACACACACACACACACACCCUUUGCUCCAGGUUAGGGGGUUGCUCAUCGAUGUUGUGUGCCCCAAUGCCGUCUGAGUGAAAUAGUUCAGUCUAAUAGACCCAAGCCCCCCUGCUGUAGGUAGCAUCAGAGGCCAGCCCUUCACAUCGGCUCAGUUUCGGCUCAGCUCUGGCUCAGUCCUGGCUCUCAUCCGGCUCCGAGUCGGUUGCAAGGGACGCAGUCCGUCAGUGUGUUUGGCCGGAUGUGGUGGAGAGACCGAUAACAAGCACGUGAAUGUGUAAGACUGAGAGGGGAACUGGGAGGAGAGAGAUAUAGAUGCAAAAACACAAUGUCAUAAGUGAUCUAGAAAGAAAUGGAAAGAAUGAAAGAAAAGAAAGAAAGAGAGAAUGAUGGGAAGUGAUGUGGAAGUAGAUAACGAAAGAGUAAGAGAGAGGCGGCCUGCGUCGGACCUUGUCACAUGACCUUCGUCCGCUAAACCCUCGGUGCUAGUGGAGCUACUCGAUGCUGGAAUGUGGUUUCUGUGUUCAGAUGACUGAAGAACGUUUGUGGUGCUUUACUGAGCAUAACGUGUUUGUGUAAAGCUGUGUGUGUGUGUGUGUGCGCGUGUGUGUAUGUGUGUGUGUGUGUGUGGGAGAGAGGGAGAUCAGGCUGCUCAGCAGAAUAGAAUGAAUUAUAGGAAGUUUAGAAGUUGAGGGUUUUGAGGAAGUGAGAAGCAAAGGGCUUGUUUGGCAGCGCCUGUAGGCCCCAGGACCAGAAUGACGUGGUUUAGCCCGGCAUCUCUCAUUAGGCACUCAGGGUCCCCCUCUCUCUCUCCUAACCCCUCUUCCUGUCUACCCUUCCCUUCUCUCUCUCCCUCCUUCUCUCUCCCUUCUUCUCUUCUUGUCUAUACACCCCUCUUUUGCGCUGACAUUGUCUCUUUUUAUCUUCUCUCAUUCUUUAUCUCAUUUUUGUUCUGGUUCUCUCUUUGAAUUCCCCUCUCUCUCUCUCUCUCUCUCCCACCCUCUCUUGCCCCACCUCCUGAUGGCCCUGUCUGUAGAGAGUGAUGGUCUGUAGAGGGAGUGAUAACAGCCCAUCAGACCAGUGUCUUUGUUCUGGUGGAUUUAUGUUGGUCUGGACCUUGUUUGCGUUAGAAUGAGUGCUACACAGCAUUGACGUUAAACUCUGCUUGGAAAGAGAGGUCAGUAACAAGGCCCGACGAUAGGCGCUAGGCUGGGGAUGUAGACUUGACAUUUGUAUUGCUGAAUUGGAAAGAGAGGUCUGUAACAGCCACGAUGCUAGGCGCCAAGUUAAGGAUGUAGUGUUGAUAUUAACAUUGUUAAGUGGCAAAGAAAGGUCUGUACCAGGCCUGAUGCUACGCGCUAAGCUAAGGAUGUAGCGAUAGCUUGAGGUAUGUAAGCAUUGCCAUUUACAUUGCUAAGUUGGAAAGAGAGAUCUGUCACAGGCGUGACGCUAGGCGCUAGGCUGAGGAUUGUGUUUCAGGAGACAGCGGGGGGUAUGUGGUCAUGAAACGGGAGGAAAUGAGAGCUUUGGUUCAGUUCUCGCUUGUUGUUCUCUCCACACCAGAGCAGCAGAGUCAGUCUGAACUGAGCCGAACUGGGUCGAGCUUUCCGCAGCCAGAACUCACCAGACCUCAUCCACAUGGAACCUGUUCUGGAGGUCGGUGUGUCACCGUAGGUUCCGGUCACUGUGGGUGUGUCCACCGGUUCUAGGGCGUUCCACAAACUCACACCUGCCAAAGGCUGAGCUUUGUGACUGUAAGAGUGAUUGGACAUACCAACAUUUUGGGCUGUUGGGGGCAUAGACUGUCUGAAAAACUUUUGAAGGUUUGCUCUGUUUUUUGUUUGUUUGUUGUUUUUGUUUUUCUUUACGGUCUUGCUGUUGCUGUCCUGCUCCAAAGUGCUGUAGACACUCAGCCUAUUUGCUAUGCAGAAGCUAAACGCCUGUAGCUAAAAGUGCACUUUGGAAUGGAAAAGAAAAACACAAAAAAAUCUAAAUAGACAAUCUCAACAUGGACAUUUUUAGUAGAUGCAUCCAAAGAGGCCAACUAUUAUGAACACCUCCUUGGGUGUGUGGCUGGAAUUGAUAUACAUGUGUUUUAUUUUUGUUUUUGUUUAUGUUUAUUUCUGCUUGUACUGCAUGAGGAAGUCCGGACAGGUACAGCAUAGUGAACUCUAAAGUCUUGCAUCACCUGCACUGGUGAUUUUCCUUGUAGGAUUCGAUUAGAAUGGGGCUGUAGGGACCUCUUGUGGACGACAGUUGUAAUGGCGUCUCAUUGGUCUCCUGAAUCACAAUCUCUUGGUGACAUUAGGUGAUGAACCAUUUAUUAUUUUAAUGACCUUUUAGUUACGUUAUUUUAUGUGUUUAUUUUAAUAUAUGAUAUUUUAACCAAAGAUACUAUUGAAAAGAUUAUAUACACAGCUAGAUUAAGUUAAUAUUAGAAAAUUGUUUUGCCAGGUGCAAGCAGGUCAAAGCCCUCCUUAUCAAACUGAGGCUAAUUUAGAUUGACAUUGUCUAAGGGCAUAUCAUUAAUAUAUAUAUAUAAGUAUAACCUUUAAAACACUGGGUCUGGUUCACAUCAUUUGGAAUUGCAAGUCUGUCAGUGCAGGAGUGAAGUAGUUUUUUUUUUUUGCCAAGCCAUUACUAUUGAGAUGUGGUUCAUCUAAGCCUUAGGUCUAGCAAACCAUCACGGCUAGCGCAUAUAGAACCAGUGAUCUUAAAAAGCUUUUUAUAAUGGGCACUUUAUGUUGUUUUUUUUAAUUCAGGGAUUUAUACUGUUUGGGUUCUUGUUGUCAUGUUUGGCUCAGAUUUACAAAAAUGCCUAUCUCUUUGAUGAUGAUUAUUAUUAAAAUUAUCCUUGAUAAAAACAUAUUUUAAUUGAUAAGUUUUAUCAGUAGGUUUAUUUUUCUUUAUUUUUUAAUGAAACUUGACUUUUUUUAUGGCAACAUAAUAUCCUGCUAGAUUCGUCAUUUAAAGUGAGACUGUGAAAUGUUUUCUUUUUUUGUUUUGUUUUAUGAUACUAUGAUGUGGUUCCUUAUAAAGUUUAUUGAUGUGGUUAUACUACUAAGAUAAUCUCAUACACAUAAUUGCAUGCAUUAUGUAUAAUAAUGCAUUAUCCAUGGCUGUUAAGGCAAUCGGUAGGCCAGUUAUACUGUCCAUAGGUUUGAAUCAGUAUGGAUAUAAAUUAGUUUGCUAAUGGUUCACCUUUGUCGUUAUUUUUUUUUUGCCAAAAAGAAUAAAUAGCAAAAAGCUAUCUGGAGACCGCAAAUCUGCCGCUUAAUCUUUGCCAUGAAAGAGACCACUAUUUGCAUCUUCAGCGUGUUUGAGGACUCUUGUUUGUCACAAUGUCCCAUGUUUGGCCUAUGCGCUGCGCCUCCAGCAUGUUGAUCGGUUCUAAGUACUGUCGGCUUGGUUGUUGAUGGUGCGUCGAGACGUUCUGCUUCUGUCUGGAGUGCUUGCGGCAUUCAUAUCGCUGUAUUAUUCUUUAGGAUAUCGGUGCAGAUUGAUGCAGGUUUAUUUUUGUAGGUAACUCGCUUUUAAGAUGUUACCAAAAUGUGGCCUUUUUGUGUCAGGUCAGAGUUCAUUAAAUAAAGUUGACAUUUUGCUCAAAUGUUAA